AUGCUGAUCCCUAAGGCAGACCGCAAGGCCAUUYACGAGUAUUUGUUCAAGGAGGGUGUGCUCGUCGCCAAGAAGGACUUCAACCUGCCCAAGCAUGGCGAGAUUGACACCAAGAACCUCUACGUGAUCAAGGCCUGCCAGUCGCUUACCUCGCGCGGCUACCUCAAGACCCAGUUCUCGUGGCAGUGGUACUACUACACCCUCACCCCAGAGGGUCUCGACUACCUCCGCGAAUGGCUCCACCUCCCAGCCGAGAUCGUUCCCCAGACCCACGUCAAGCAGCAGCGCAGCCACGCCCCACCGCGCGGCAUGCUCGGUGCUGAUGGCCGCGAGGAGCGCCGUGGAGGCGGCCGUGGUGGUCCUCGUGGUGACCGUGAGGGCGGAUACCGUCGUCGUGAGGGUGGAUUCGGUGGUGAGGGCAAGGAGGGCGGUGGCGCUCCAGGCAGCUUCAACCCCGAGUUCCGUGGCGAGCAGCGUGGUGGAUUCGGUCGUGGCCGUGGUGCCGCUCCUCCUUCGUCCUAG